CACUACAUAAACACCUACCCCGCCACCCAACAUCAGACAAUCCCAACUGUAUAUUGCAACAUCCAUCCAGCAAGGCUACCUCUUUUCCUGUCUCCAACAAUUAACUUCCAUGCCAACACGCCCAUCACCGGCAUUUGCCGUUAUCACCACACCCCCCAGAUAACUAUGCCAUGACGAACCGAGCCUACUUCUACCACCUCCGCUUCGAGCUCUUCCCCGAACCCCCCACGACCUUUGUCGACAAAACAGCUCCCGACGUGGAUGACGAGAUACCUGCUAUACCGGUGUCAUUCUCGGAUUCUCUGCCGAAUCACUUUAAGCUUCCUGUUGUGGGAGAUAAGGACUAUCGCGCCACUACUACUACUACGAAAGCUACAAACGAAACUACACAACACCCUACCACCGACGUCACAGACGCGCGAAACACCCCCACCCAGGGACGCCGUGGGUCAGUAAUAGACUGCGGUCCCCGCCGCGCAGAUAUCCACCGCGACUACUCCCCGCACGAGUUUUUGCCCGCGCCGCUUGGUAGACGCAGCGCGGAGGAAGCAGCGCGCGACUGGCGAUUUGGCUGUGUUCGGGCGUCGAGUAUACAGAUGGGUGAGAUGGAGGGAGGCGGGAGCGGGGCGAAGAGCCAGGGGAUGAGAGCGAGGGUUGAGGAGGUGAGGUUGAGGGGGAGAGAGGAGGAGUUGGGGUGGGGGAUUGUGCAUUUGUAUCGGGAGGGGGAGGAGACGGUGGGGUUGGGGGAGGGGGAGGAGGGGGGAAAGGGACUGGAAGGGGUGGUGGAGGGGAAUGAGGGGCUGGAUACGACGAUGCUUUGUAUUCCGGCGGUGCCGAGUUAUAUGACUGCGAGUGAUUUUUUGGGGUGGGUUGGGGAGAAGACGAGGGAGUUGGUGAGCCAUUUUAGGAUGGUGAUGACGGGGAGGAUGAAUCGGUAUAUGAUGCUUAUGAAGUUUCGGGAUGGGCAGGAGGCGAGGAAGUGGAGGAGGGAGUGGGAUGGGAAGGUGUUUAAUGGGAUGGAGCCCGAAAACUGCCAUGUCAUGUUCAUCAAAUCGAUCCACUACGACACCCUCCCCUCCUCCAAGCAAACCGACACCACCGCCUCCUUCCCCGACAUGUCCCUCGACCCCUUCACACCAACCCACUCCACCUUCUCCCCCUCCCCCCCCACCUCACCACUAGCCCUCAAACCCCUCCCCCCCCCAACCGCCUCCCUCGUCGAACUCCCCACCUGUCCCGUCUGCCUCGAGCGCAUGGACGAAACCACCGGCCUCCUAACAAUCCUCUGCCAACACGUCUUCCACUGCGCCUGUCUCCAGAAAUGGCGCGGUUCAGGCUGUCCUGUUUGUCGGCACGUUCAGCCUGCUAAUUCGCUCAGCACGCCGUUUGGAUUUACUGCCGCGACGCACGAUCUCAAUCUGUGCCAAGUCUGCGAUUGUCCCGAGGAUCUAUGGAUCUGUCUCAUCUGCGGGAACGUGGGGUGUGGUCGCUACAAGGGGGGACACGCGAAGGAGCAUUGGAAGGAGACGGCGCAUAAUUACUCGCUCGAGACGACGACGCAGCAUGUCUGGGAUUAUGCGGAGGAUGUGUGGGUGCAUCGGCUGCUGCAGACGAAGGGGGAUGGGAAGAUUGUGGAGUUACCUGGGAGUAGUCGGGCUGUGCUUGGUGGGGGGAAUAAUAAUCGAGAUGCCAGCGGUGGCGAACAGCAACAGGAUCUGGAGAUGGUGCCGAGGGAGAAGAUGGAGAAUAUUGGGAUUGAGUACGGGCAUAUGCUCGCGACGCAGCUGGAUUCGCAGAGGAUGUAUUUCGAGGAGGUAGUCGCGAAGGCGGUGGAUAAGGCGGCUGGGUCGGCGAGGGAGGCGGAGCGGGCGGCGAGGGCGGUGGAGGAGGUGAGGGGGCAGCUGGAGGUGAUGGCAAGGGAACAUAGGGAGAUGAAGGAGGAAGUCAUCCCUGGCUUACAGCGCGAUCGCGAUCGCAUGGCUGCUAAAGCCGAGAAGGCGGGUGAGCUGGCGCGGAGCAUGACGAAGGCGUUUCAAGAGGAGAAGCAGGUUGGGCGCGGGCUGAUGGAUCGGGUGGGUCAUCUGAAUGAGGCGCUCGAGAGGGUGAGGAGAGAGGUGAAGGAGGUGAGGGAUGAGAAUGUGGAUUUGAAGGAGCAGAAUCGAGAUUUGGGGUUUUUUAUUAGUAGUCAGGAGAAGGUGAGGGGGUUGGAGGGGGAGUUGGGGGAGGAGGUUAGGGAGGGGACGGUCAGUUUACCGCCGCCGCCGCCGGAGGUGAAGCAGGAGAAGGGGAGGAAGGGGAAGGGGAAGAAGAAGGCGUAGGGGUGAGGUUGGGAUGUUGAGCUGUUGAGCUGUUGGAGCUGAAGGUUGAGAAGGAGAAGAAGAAGACGCAGGGUUGAGGUUGGGGAGGGGGAGGGGUGUGUAUUUGCUUUUGGGGCGUGGGUUGGAGAUGAGAGAUACCUGGUUGGCGUAGUGGUUCUGGUUCUGGACAUAGGCAGUUUCGUACUGUAUGAUUUAUGAAUGUAUGAUAUAAAUGAAGC